AUGGCCACAAACGUCAUCCUAGAAACCUCAAUGGGCACAAUCACCCUCGAGCUCUACACAUCCCACGCCCCCAAAACCUGCAACAACUUCGCCACCCUCGCCCGCCGCGGCUACUUCUCCUCCACAAUCUUCCACCGCAUCAUCCCAGACUUCAUGAUCCAGGGCGGCGACCCCACGGGCACCGGCCGCGGCGGCUCCUCCAUCUACGGCGACAAGUUCGAAGACGAAAUCGACCCGGCCCUCAGGCACACCGGCGCGGGCAUUCUCAGCAUGGCCAACGCGGGGCCCAACACAAACGGCUCGCAGUUCUUCAUCACGUUGGCGCCGACGCCGUGGCUCGAUGGGAAACACACCAUCUUUGGGAGGGUCAAGAGCGGGCUGGGCGUGGUGAAGAGGAUGGGUCUGGUGCCUACGGGGCAGGAGGAUAGGCCGGUGGAGGACGUCAAGUUGAUCAGCGCCAAAGUGGUAGAAGGCGAGGAGCAGGAGUGA